AUGGACGAUGAGUCAACCCACUCGGAAGCCAGCGAGGCAGACUCUUCAGCCUUUCAUGCGGACGAAACUUCAUCUUCGUCGCGCCUUCCAAGCACUGGGACUGGUCCUGUCUCCUCUGGCGAUGAUAAUAGCAUGAACCUCGGUGCAACAUUCCCGGCAGACGUCGAAAUACCAUACUUGCGCAGAGUUUACAUCAAGCGUCCUGACAGGGACGAUGCGAUGUCAAUCCUAUCCAAGAAGUUUGCUCACUCACGAGAAUGGGCUAUCCGUGGCCUUCUCGACAUCAUGCCAAUGUCGACUAUCCAUGUGGCACAACAUAAGAGUGGCGCUCUGCACGCGAUCAAGUCUGUUUAUGUCGAGAGCACCAGGGCUGCUCGUAGUAGGAUAGCCGACUUGAGGGUUCUGCGGAUGCUUCAGCAAAAUCAGCACCCCUUCCUUCUGGGUCCGCCACCAGAGCAAGGAGAUCGUUUUUACUGGGCCAGCUGGAACGGCUUUCUUAACAUCGUCACGCCUUUCUGUCCGUAUGGGGAUCUCGCUCGACAAUGUGGGAAAGUGGACAAAACGCAACUCUUCUAUAUCGCUGCGGAAAUGGUUCUCGCCAUCAGUUUCCUUCACGAAAACAACAUUGUUCAUGCAGACGUCAGGCCAGACAAUAUCUUUAUCAAUACGCAGGGUCAUAGCGUUUUGAGCGAUUUCGAGAACGCCACCCGCUCCAAGGAUGGCUUUUUCAUCUCUGAUGCGAUGAAGGGCAUGCGUCGCUAUAUGGCGCCUGAAAUAAUCGGAGGUCGAGAUCGUAACACAAAGCUUUUGCGGAGUGUGCAAAAUAGCCGUUGCACGCCUUUCAAAUUCAGCGUAUCCACAGAUUGGUGGUCACUAGGCAUCACUCUUUUAGAGCUUUGGGCAGGAAAGACACCCAACAGCCCUUACAAGGACGAUUUGUUCUCUCAUUUUCAAUACUCUCACUAUAACGACCCGAAUGCGUGGGAGAACUUCACACAGAAGGCUUUUAAUGUAUAUGUCAAGGAAUGCCUUUCCGUGGCGGAGGUCCCCAGCGGUGACCUGACGCAAUUUAUUUUGAGCAUUCUCACAGUAGAACCCAAACAGCGACGUGAUUUGAGCAAGCCAUGGACAGACCACGAAUAUUUUGACGAAAUAGAAGGGGAAGUUGGAUGGUCUCGCAUCCGUGAUGGUCAGAGGGCUCCAUUCAGCAAGGAAUGGCGUCGUGACCAUGAGACCCCCGUCAGGUAUCCGUAUAUCAAGAAAAAUAACCCCGAGGAUGAAUGGCCAGCUCUGAACGUCCUCUGUCUGUUCCGCACGUUUGAAAAGGAACAUUUAUCCCUAACUGUCGAGGAACGUUAUGACCCCGCUGAUGUUCACCGGCCUAGAGGAAACGUAUUUGAGACAAUGCAUGUAUAG